AUGUCAGAAGAUCUCAUUUCGUCAUUAUACCCUCUGCCUCCACCAUACUACAAGUUCUUCUCAGACGGGAAUGCGAAACGUUUCGAACUGUGGAAAUCACUGAAUGAUGAUGAUGGAGAUGUGCCUCCAGGGGAUCUAAAAUUUCAUCAGCCUCCACCUAUUCCGACUGGUGAGCAAUAUCGCGGCUAUGGCAGUGUGUGGGCCUUGGCGAACAAACUACCUUCGUUACAGGAUCUGGGAUGGAGGCAGUUGUACAAUGAUGAGGACGAGAAAAUCACAUCAAGAACGAAGAUUCUUGAGCUCCAUAAGCUUUUAGACUCGCUACUAUUGAAUUUCUUGGAACUUGUAGGCUCAGUAUCCAAAGAACCUGCAAAGUUUUAUGGAAAGAUAGAAGACUUGAAAUUAAUUCUCAUUAACAUGAAUCACUUACUUAACACUUACCGUCCUCAUCAGACACGUGAAAGCUUGAUAAUGCUUUUGAAAAGGCAAAUUGAGGGUAAACGAAACGACAUUCGCCUGAUAGACGAGACAGUGCUAAAUGUUAAAAACCGUAUAAAGGAGAUGGCAGCCCUGACGACAACUGACUCCAUUAUAUUAUCGCACGAUAUAAUUGGCGCCUCAAAGGACAGGUAUAUAGAUAGGGAUGAGAUCUUAGAAACCCUUAGAUCGCUUUUGAAUGAGCAAUAA